UUCAACAUCACGACCACAGACGCGCCGUACCUUUCAUCAGCAUCUCCUCUCCCGCAACAAGCAGUUUCCUCCCAUCUCAGAAAGCGCGUUUCAUCCGGAACACGCUGAAUUUCAGGGAGAUUUAUUCGUCCAUUAAUUUGUUUAAUUGUUAGAACUACGCGGUGUCAUCUCGCUGAUUUUUUUUUUUUUUUCGCGCUGCCGUUGUUUGUUUUUAGAUCACGUUCUCUUUUCUCAUCUGGUUGAUUUUUCUCUGACAUGGAAGUGAGAUGUCGCCCAGCGGUGAUGUGCUGUGUUUUCGCCGUCCUCUGCUCCGCGCUGCCCCGCUCCCAGGCGUUGUCUUACGCGGACAGGCAGUACCUGAACGAGUGGGCUGUGGAGAUCCCCGGCGGGCUGUCCGCCGCCGAGGCCAUCGCCAAGGAGCUCGACUACCAGCUGGUCCGACAGAUUGGGGCCCUGGAAAACCUCUUCUUGUUCAAACAUCGCAAUCACCCUCACAGAAUGAGACGCAGCGCCGAGCACAUCACCAGGCAGCUCUCGGAGGAUGAUCGGGUGUUGUGGGCAGAGCAGCAGUACGAGAAGCGCCGAAGCAAGCGAGCCGCCCUGAGGGAGUGCAGGGACUGCUCGGUGGACAAGCUUUUUGAUGAUCCCAUGUGGAACCAGCAGUGGUACCUGCAAGACACCCGGACGUCGUCCUCGCUGCCGAAGCUGGACCUGCACGUCAUCCCCGUGUGGCAGAAGGGCAUCACGGGGAAGGGAGUGGUCAUCACCGUCCUCGAUGACGGACUGGAGUGGAACCACACAGACAUCUAUGCCAACUACGAUCCGGCAGCCAGCUACGAUUUCAACGACAAUGACCCAGAUCCUUUCCCCAGAUACGACUCCACCAAUGAAAACAAGCAUGGCACUAGGUGUGCAGGUGAGAUUGCAAUGCAGGCCGACAACAACAAAUGUGGCGUUGGAGUGGCGUACAACUCCAAGGUUGGAGGAAUUCGUAUGCUGGAUGGAAUUGUGACCGAUGCCAUCGAGGCGAGCUCCAUUGGAUUCAAUCCUAACCACGUGGACAUCUACAGCGCCAGCUGGGGGCCUAAUGAUGAUGGCAAGACCGUGGAGGGUCCUGGCCGCCUGGCCCAGAAAGCGUUUGAAUACGGCAUUAGGAAGGGUCGCGAUGGGAAAGGCUCCAUCUUUGUCUGGGCAUCAGGCAAUGGAGGCCGCCAGGGCGAUAACUGCGACUGCGAUGGAUACACAGACAGCAUCUACACCAUCUCAAUCAGCAGCGCCUCCCAGCAGGGCCUGUCCCCGUGGUACGCAGAGAAGUGUUCCUCAACUCUGGCUACAGCGUACAGCAGUGGAGACUACACUGACCAGAGGAUUACAAGCGCUGAUCUUCACAACGAGUGCACUCAGACUCACACCGGAACCUCAGCUUCAGCUCCACUGGCUGCUGGGAUAUUUGCCCUGGCACUGGAACAAAAUCCGGAUCUCACCUGGAGAGACCUCCAGCACAUUGUGGUCUGGACCUCAGAGUUUGACCCUUUAGCCAAUAACCCAGGCUGGAAGAGGAAUGGAGCGGGGCUGAUGGUCAACAGCCGCUUCGGAUUCGGACUUCUCAACGCUAAAUCACUCGUGGACCUUGCUGACCCAGCCACAUGGAAGCAUGUGCCAGAAAAGAAGCAGUGCAUCGUCAGAGAUGACGCUUUCCAGCCAAGGGAGCUAAAGGCAGCGGGAGAGAUCACUAUAGAGAUUCCAACCAAAGCCUGUGAGGGCCAGGAGAACGCCAUCCACUCUCUGGAGCAUGUGCAGGUGGAGGCAAGCAUUGAAUAUACCCGGAGAGGAGACCUGCACAUCACGCUCACCUCCCCAGCAGGCACAACCACUGUACUUCUGGCUGAGAGAGAAAGAGACACGUCAUCCAAUGGCUUCAGAAACUGGGACUUUAUGUCUGUGCAUACAUGGGGAGAAGACCCUGCUGGCACUUGGACCUUAAAGAUAACAGAUACUUCAGGGCGUAUGGAAAACAAGGGCCGGAUAUUGAAUUGGAAGCUGAUACUCCAUGGUACAUCGGAAAAGCCGGAACACAUGAAGAAACCUCGAGUCUACAUUCCUUACAAUGCCGUUCAGAAUGACCGCCGUGGUGUGGAGCACAUGGAUGACAUGAUGGAGGAACCCACACAGCCCCUCCCUCCUCAGAGGACUAAGACUGCAGAAGCAUCUCCGUCUGUCUCAGAGGAAGAGCCCAGAAGCCCCUCCAGCAGCUCCCCUUACUCCCCUUCCUUGGCCCUGCUGCGUCUUCUUCAGACGGCCUUCAACCGACAGACCGCCGCAUCACAGCUUCCCCAGGUUGCAGCGAGGCCCCUCUCUGCUUGGAGGAAGCAGCAGCAGAGUCAGGGCAUCUUCCCUCUUCCAACAAAACUCCCAGCUCAGAAGCUGUACCAGGCUCUGGACUUGCUCAACAAGUUUCGGGGCCCGGAGGACAGCCUCUACAGUGACUACAGCGAUGGCUUCUACAACAUCAAGCCGUACAAGCAUAGAGACGACCGGCUGCUGCAGGCCCUCUUCGAUAUGCUGGGUAAUGAGUAGAGGCGAGAGGCAUGAGGUGCAGGGGCCGGGAGAGGAGACACGUGCUGUUGGAUUGGGAGCGGAGGAACAAGGAGACGCAAGAAAGCAAAUGGAUGCUAAAACACUGGAGGCAACGUUGAGAAGAGAAAUACCCAAAAUGCUGCAUUUCUGAUCUAUUUCUAAUCCAUAGCUGUUUGUUGAUCCGUUCUUUCUUUCAACCCUUUAGAGAGGUAUACUUUCCUAUUGUUAUUCCCAAUAUGGACUUGUGUAGAGCCCAUGUGCUGUAAAGUGUAUCUUCACGUGGUGAAUCUAAAUGCAUUUAACCAGAAAAAAGGGAUGUAGGGACUUAUGGUGGCCUUGGCUCUCUUCUCUUUACUGCCUGCUCAAGCAUGCCACCUUUACAAUAUAUGUUUUGCAGUAAUAUCUAUAUUAUCAUCCAGAGACAAUGAUUGUAAUAUGAUUUGAAAGGCUAUUGAGCAAUCCCAUCCAUAUAUAGUUGUUCCUGACUCACUGAGCAAAUAACAGGGUGAUCUUUUUCUCUCUCCCACGCUGUAUAAGUUGAUCCAAAAAAGCUGAAAGGAAUUUUGAGAAAUUAAAUAGAUUAAUUAUGAAGCUAACUUUUUACGUUGCCGUUAUAUCUGUUCUCAGGGUGACAACAAAACAAGACAAUAACAGCUUUAUUUUCUGUAUUCUUAAAAUAUUAAAAGAUAUAUAUAUAAUUUGCUAUAUAAGUAAACAAAAGACAUAGCAUUGUUUUAACAUGCUAUUCAAUAAGAGUAAACCAUAAACAAGUACGAAAAAAACUAUUCAGAUAAUUGUUAAAAUGAAACAAUUACAAGCACCACCCCCUACUGUUUAGGUUUUUUUUUAUGAGUGCAAUGCUGCAUUAAAGGAAUUAUUUUUCUAUAGAUUAUUUAAACUUGUAAAAUAAGUUUAACAGAACAUCACAACCUUUUAAAAAUGUAUUUCUCUGUGAUACAGUUCACACAAUAUGUGGCUGCAAACUCUGUAUAGUUACAAGUCCAUACACCAACUAACACUGCCAAAUUUAUUCAGUCAAACCGCUACACAAACGGCUAAAAUGUUGUCUUUCACCAUAUGUACUAAUGGCAAAAAAAAAAAAAAAAAAAAAACUCACCAAACCAGAACCUCUGCCGAAUAUGGGCUCAGCGCCUCAGCAUUCAAGCACAUUCAUGUAGAACGCCUUAAUUUCUGCUCUAAUUAGUGUGCACACUUAAUCUCCAUUUAAUGUAGAUCAGUUUUGCUGAAUCUAGUCGUAAGCGUUUGUGACACGAAUCGUCAAUGAAGCCUUUAUGCAGAGUCUCUACAUCCUGGCUUGGAGCCGCCUGCAAAGUGACAGUAAAAUGAUGACGUUCGAGUAAAAGCUUUCCAUUCUCCGAUGCAUCAUUCCUUUAGAGUAGCCUGUGUUGUUUUCUUUGUUGUUCGGUUGACAGAUUAUUCCGUCAAAUGUUGUUUACACAAAUUGAUAUUAUGUUGCAAUUUCUGUAUGGAUGUUUAAAAAAAUAUUAAAUUUAUUGAAUAAACUGCAAAGUGACA